AUGCUCCGAAACGAUCUUUAUCAAAAUACAUCACUUUCAACAACACAUUCAAUAACAAACAAGAAAAUACUUCGAUGGGAUGAAGGGAAUGAUGAUCUAUUGAAUGGAAAUAAUAAUAUAGAAUUUACUGGUGAUGAUAAUGAUGAUCAUUAUGAUGAAGAAGCUGGAAAAACUCUUUUACGUAAUCUUACUGUUCAAGUACUUCCAUCAUGA